AUCUCGGUCUUGCAUUCCUUCCCAUAGAACGAUCUCGGGCUUCCUCCCUCCUCGUCCCCCCCCCACUGCGGUUUGCGACACUGUGAAGAAGACUGAAAUGGCCGUGGAGACCGUGGUGCCUUCUGCGCGCGCGAACGCGGCCAACGAGAAGGACGCCGAGAAACUGAGGUUCAUCGAGGAGAUGACCGCGAACGCGGACGCGGUGCAGGAGAGGGUGCUGGCCGAGAUCCUGACGCGCAACGCCGACACGGAGUACCUACGGAGGUACGGACUCGGCCGGGCCACCGAACGGUCCACCUUCAAGGCCAAGAUUCCCGUGGUCACCUACGAGGACCUGCAACCGGAGAUCCAGAGGAUAGCCAACGGCGACCGCUCGGCCAUCCUCUCCGCCCAUCCCAUCUCUGAGCUCCUCACCAGCUCCGGAACGUCGGCUGGCGAGAGGAAGUUGAUGCCCACGAUCAAAGAAGAGCUCGAUCGCAGGCAGCUCCUUAUCAGCCUUCUGAUGCCAGUGAUGAACCUUUACGUGGCAGGGCUGGACAAGGGGAAGGGGCUCUACUUCCUCUUCGUGAAAUCGGAGACCAAGACCCCCGGAGGGCUGACGGCACGGCCGGUGCUGACGAGCUACUACAAGAGCGAGCACUUCCAGAGCCGCCCCUACGACCCCUAUAAUGUGUUCACCAGCCCGACGGCCGCCAUCCUCUGCGCCGACGCGUUCCAGAGCAUGUACGCGCAGAUGCUCUGCGGCCUCCUCCAGCGCAUCGACGUGCUCCGCGUGGGCACCGUCUUCGCCUCCGGCCUCCUCCGCGCCAUCCGCUUCCUCCAGCUCCACUGGCAGGAGCUCUGCAAUGACAUCGCGGCCGGGGCGCUCACCCCCAAGGUGACCGACCCCUCCAUCCGCGGCGCCGUCGCUGAGCUCCUCAAGCCGGACACGGAGCUCGCCCGGUUCGUCGCCGCCGAGUGCUCCAAGGGUGACUGGGCCGCGAUCAUCACCAGGAUCUGGCCCAACACCAAGUACCUGGACGUGAUCGUGACGGGCGCCAUGGCGCAGUACAUCCCCACUCUGGAGUACUACAGCGGUGGGCUCCCCAUGGCGUGCACCAUGUACGCGUCGUCGGAGUGUUUCUUCGGCCUCAACCUCAAGCCCAUGUGCGACCCCUCCGAAGUCUCCUACACCAUCAUGCCCAACAUGGCCUACUUCGAGUUCCUGCCGCACGGCGGCGACGGGGUGGACAAGUCUCAGCUGGUGGACCUGGCGGACGUGGAGGUGGGGAAGGAGUACGAGCUGGUGAUCACCACCUACGCCGGGCUGAACCGAUACCGGGUGGGCGACGUCCUGCGCGUGACCGGGUUCCACAACGCGGCGCCGCAGUUCCGGUUCGUCCGCCGGAAGAACGUGCUGCUGAGCAUCGAGUCGGACAAGACGGACGAGGCAGAGCUGCAGAAGGCGGUGGAGAGCGCGUCGGCGCUGCUCCGGCCGUACAACGCGAGCGUGGUGGAGUACACUAGCCACGCCGACACGAAGGCCAUCCCGGGGCACUACGUCAUCUACUGGGAGCUGCUGGCGAAGGACGCGUCGCCAUCGGCGACGGAGGCGGUGACCCGGGACGGGGUGAUGGAGCGGUGCUGCCUGGCGAUGGAGGAGGCGCUGAACUCGGUGUACCGGCAGAGCCGGGUGGCGGACGGCUCCAUCGGCCCGCUGGAGAUACGGGUGGUGCGGGGGGGCACCUUCGAGGAACUGAUGGACUACGCUAUCUCCAGGGGGGCGUCCAUCAACCAGUACAAGGUGCCGCGCUGCGUCAGCCUCCCGCCAAUCCUUGAACUGCUCGACUCCCGCGUCGUCUCCGCUCACUUCAGCCCCGCCCCGCCCAAGUGGACCGCUCACCGCCCGGCGAACCAGUGAGACCCAGCGGGGCCCGCGUGUCGACCAACCUUCCCUGUCGUCUGGCUUCGUUGGUCAACCCGAUGGAGACGCCUAUUUCUUCCCGAUAACCCAAAAAGAAAAUAAAUAAUAAAAAAAGGUCAAUGUUUGACCGUCUCUUAGUUGUGCUCGGUUAAAUAAGAAACAUUGAAGUUAUUGUCCCAA